CGAUUGAUAAUUCUUGUAUAAAUUUCCCCAUUUCAGACCUGGUUAAACGUACUUUUGAUUUGGGGUUUUAGAAAGAAGGAAAAAAAAGGGAAAAAAAAAAAAUGAGAGAAAUAUCACUUCAUUCACUUCCAUUAGGCCUCAGAUUCAGACCCACUGAUGAAGAAGUUUUCAAUUAUUACCUUAUGCAUAAGAUCAGUGGCCAUCACGAACAAGUUGAAUUCAUUAGGGAGAUUGAUAUUUGUAAAUAUGAGCCGUGGGAUUUGCCUGCUUUAUCAACGAUUAAGACGAUUGAUCUACAGUGGUUCUUCUUUUGCCCGCAAGGAUGGAACAGAGCAACGAAUACUGGGUAUUGGAGCGAAACUGGGGGAGAUCAGAAAAUUGAGUCUGGAAAUAAGUUAAUUGGGAUGAAGAAAACUCUUGUGUAUCAUUUUGGGCGAGCACCACAGGGUAGGAGGAGUAGCCGUUGGUGGAUGUACGAGUAUCGCGCAACUUCGAAACAUCUUGAUGGCACUUUACCAGGACAGAGUCCUUUUGUGCUUUGUCGUCUGUUUAGAAAAGAAGAUGAGAUUUAUUAUUUGAUGCCUAAAGAUCUGAAAAUGCAGACUCUUGUUGAGGUAUCAACAUUCAACUCAUUUCAAUUUCAAAUUUAUUCAAGCAGGAAAGCUGGGCGAUUUGCUCCAAAUUUCACACCCGGUAAGGUGGGAGUGCCCAGCCAUUGAUGGACAUGGAGAGGGAGUAAAAGCUUCUCGAGGCCAUCGGUCACUUGCAGUUUUGCUUAGGGUAGCUGCUGUUAUAGUUGUGUUCUCACUCUUGGGAUAUCUUAGUCUUAAAUUAAAUUAUAUUUCUGCUUAUUGAUUGAUAUCUUAUCCCUGUGUAUGGCCUGCUAUAUCUUUCUGGGAUUCAUUUUGAGAUAUUAUAUUUGGAACUCUUUUUAAGUCUAAAUCUAUGAUUUAUGAAUCUAAAUAUUCGUCUUCUGUUGAAUUGAUUAUAGAUUAUUGA